UCCCAAGGGUGGCUAAGUGAGUGCCUGAUGGAUAGCCCUGCCUCAAAUAGCCCAUUUCCUUCCUGGGUAAAGGGAAUCGAUAGAGUUGUCUUGGCGGAGGAAGAUGGUGAAUGAAUUGCCAUUAAAAAAGCUGAGUUCAUUAGUUUAAUUCACUUCUGGAUUAAAAAGAAACAAACAGAAGCCUUUUGGCACUUUUUUGUCAUCAAGACAGCAGAAUGAAGGCGACCUUCUAGGGUUUUCAAAGCAAGAGAUGUUCAGUGGUGGUUUGCCAUGUUUGCCUCCACGUCAUGACCCUGGUAUUCCUUGGAGGUCUCCCAUCCAAAGACCUGGGAAGAUCAACUCUGCUAGCCUGGGCUAUCCACUCUGAAGACUAACAAUUUCUGUUUUCCUAUUAUGGCUGCAAUUAAGCAAAAAUGAAGAGGGCUCCGGCAGCUGGUACCACCAAGGAAAACGACAGUGAGCAGGCGCCCUCCUCACCAUAUCCCAGGAGAGUCCCAGAGAGGGAAGAGGGGAAAGACAGCCUGUUAUUGCAACUCCAUAUUGCAAAGGCCUUGGAAAUGAGGUGCCCGAAAUCUCAUGCAUGAUGAUUGAAAACUACAUUGUGACCAUCCUGGUGUCCCUGGGCGUGGGCUCCAUCCUGGUCCUGGUGGCUCUGGUGAAGCUUGUCAGAACCAACAUCCAUGCGACGAUGUUCUGGAAUGAAAUCGUCCUGGAGAACAUAACCAAUUUCGUCAUGGAUCAGAGCAAGGAGCAGCGGAUCUUGAACACGGUGUCCUACAACGCGGUCAAAGGGAAUCCCGAGAGCGUGCUGGAGUGUAUCGACAAGUACUGCUCCAAGAGCGAGUGGGCCAUGAACGUGGGGGACGAGAAAGGUUUGAUCCUAGAUAAAAUUGUACAGGAAACAGAUCCCUCCGUCGUUUUGGAGCUGGGAACGUAUUGUGGCUACUCGGCUGUGAGGAUCGCUCGGCUUUUGAAACCGAAGGCUCGGCUUUUGACCAUUGAAUUCAACCCAGAAUUUGUUCCCAUUGCAAAAGAAAUUAUUGAGAUUGCUGGAGUCAAUGAUAAGGUGACCAUCCUGGAAGGCCACUCAGAAGACAUUAUCCCACAACUGAAGAAGAAAUACGAAGUGGAGAAGCUGGAUUUUGUCUUUCUGGACCACUGGAAAGAAAGAUACGCCCCAGACACCAUCUUACUUGAAGAAUGUGGCUUGCUACGGAAGGGCUCCGUCCUCCUGGCUGACAACAUCAUCUACCCUGGGGCGCCUGAGUUCAUCAAGUACAUCCGUAACAAUAAGCGCUUUGAAUGCACCAACUACCCUUCUCACCUGGAGUACAUGAAAGUGGAUGAUUCCAUGGAGAAGGCUGUCUACCUGGGCCCCGAUUCCGAGUAGCAUUUCACCGCCAGUCCCACGAGGCUGAGCCCUCCCUGUAGUCCUGGCUGUGCUUUCAGAUUUUAGCUUUCUGUAAUUUGGGGCUUGAGGAGGGAAACAGGAGGGGACCGGGCUGGAAGGGAGAGACCCAGAGGGAAAGAGCCUGUGCCUACGCUAGGUUUAGAUCAGCCCCACUUUGGUAUUAGUCGACGUUCGUUUCCCAGUAGUAUGCCUAAAAAUGACAAGGCCAAAGCGUUAAGGCCAAAAUGUCAAGUAAUCUUAGCAGAGAAGACUCAGUCUACUUGGAGUACAGAUGAGGUGGGGAAAGAGUCACAUUAUGAAUGGUUUCCCUCUACCCUUUGGGUGAGGGGAAAAUUGCCUCUUCCCUUUGGGCAAGGGGAAAAUUGCCUUGCCACGUAUUUUGCAGUAACCAUCACCUUCCUGAAUAGUUGCCACAGAAGCUCCAGGACAUGCAGCCGAGUUAUGCCACCUCUUGUUGAAACCCACCUUUGCUGUGGCUAUCCCUGUCCUAAUAGAAGCCUCGAGGAAGGCUGAAAGCUACCCGUGGUGCCCGACAGGCCUAUGUGCGAAAGGUGGCUCGAUACGUAGUAUUUCCAGUGCUUACAGAUCAAGCAAGGCAGCUCAUGUGGCAGCUUGAUGGAAGACUCAUGGCUGCUGGGUGCUGCUGAUUGGGGAGGGAACCCGGCAUUCUUGCUGGAUGGCAUCAGGAAGUGGUGGUUGGAACACAGAGGUCAUGGAAGCAAGUCUUGACCUCCCCGGUCUGCUCCAAGCACUGCCAGGUCCUGGGAAGCAGUGUGCUUGUGUGUUGCCUCUUGCCAUCCCUGCGCCUUGCUCAGCAGCACUAGAUAAUGGCUUUCCAACAAAUGGCACUUGGCCCAGGGCCCUGACCCCUUGCCUGCUUGGACUGGAACGUCUUCAGAAUGCAUUUCCCUUCCUUGAAGCACCUUGGGAUCAGGCGUGCUCUUCUCUUCUCCUCCUAGGCUGGGCAUCUGCCCUCUGGGGCAGUGCGUUUACUAGAUUUUUGACCCUCAGCUGUUCUCUUCUUCCCUUCCUGGGGAAUCUUCUUUUCCUUCUGCUUUGAAACAGAAGCUGACCAACAAGUCUCUCCAAUAAUAGUGAAACCUCUCUUCUCUCCCGACUUGCAAAAUAAAAAUCCUGGCUCCCACUUCUUGGAGCAGUUAUUAAAGCUUUAAGAAGUGGAUUUUUAACGCAGGGGCAGAUAGAAUCAUAAGAGUUGCAAGAGAUCCCAAGGGCCAUCAAGUCCAACCCCCUGCAAUGCAGGAACAUACAAUCAAGGCACUCCUGACAGAUGGCCACCCAGCCUCUCUUUUAAAACCUCCAA